AUGGAAGAUCAAGCCCCAGUUCCAUCUAAACAAUUAUUUGUUAGACCUAUAGAUUUUGAAGUUCGUCGUGAACAAUUAGAAGAUCAUUUUUCUUCAGCUGGUCCAGUUGUUGAUAUUCAAUUAAUGAGAGGAUUUGCCUUUGUUAGUUAUGAAAAUGAAGAUGAUGCAACUCGUGCUCUUGAAACUUUAAAUGAUUCAGAUUUCAAUGGUGUUAGACUUUUGGUUGAAUUUGCUAAAGAAAGAAGAGAAGAUACUAGAGGUAAAUAUCGUGUUAAAUUAACUAAUUUAGAAGAUGGUACUGCUUGGCAAGAUAUUAAAGAUUUCGUUAGAGAUAGAACUGAAGUAGAACCUACUUAUGUUAAGGUUUUCAGAAAUUAUGAUACUAAUGAAGUUGUUGGAAAUUUAGAAUUUUCAAGUGGUGAAGAAUUAGAUAAAGCUAUUCCAUUAUUAGAUAAAGCUGAAUUCAGAGGUAUUAUUGUUGGUGCUGAAGAAGAUACUUCUCCAUUCGUCCCACCUCCACCAAGAGGUGGUUUCAGAGGUGGUCGUGGUGGCUUCAGAGGCGGUCGUGGUGGAUUCGACAGAGGAUUCGAUAGAGGUUUUGACCGUGGUGGAUUCAGAGGUGGUCGUGGUGGAUUCAGAGGUGGCCGUGGUGGUUUCGAUAGAGGUUUUGACCGUGGUGGAUUCAGAGGUGGUCGUGGUGGCUUCAGAGGUGGCCGUGGUGGAUUUGAACGUGGAGGUUUCAGAGGUGGCCGUGGUGGAUUUGACAGAGGUUAUGACCGUGGUGACCGUGGUGACCGUGGUGACUAUCAAAGAGAUGACAGAGAUUCUUAUGUUCGUGAAAGAUCCCCAACUCGUUUCUAA